UGUAAACGUUGGAAGGAGCAGUGACACCGAUUUUCAGACAAACAAACUCGUGUUUGCUGUUCAACGGGAUCGUGACAAGGACUUUUCAUCUCAUUCAGACGGCACACAACAAGGCCAGUCAGCUUUUGAUUCGAGGGAUUUUAGAAUCACAGUCACAAAUUGAGAGCGUACACUGAAGUGGGAACUAAAACACUCGUCAGCGGUGAUGUGGAGGGCUCCGCGUUAUUUUGCAAACAGGUGACAAUAGGUCAACCUCAAAGACACGAUCUUGUAUAACAGAUGAAGUCAUGAGUACAUACACAAGAAGAAGACUCAGUCCUCAAAGGCAGCACAACAUAAGAGGUCCAAGACAAAGCAACGAUACUCAAGCACAACAUGGUGUUGCACCUAUGAGGAGAGUAGAUAGAGUAGACUGCCCAUUUCCAAACAAGCCCGUUAUCCACAGAAGAAUCUUCAACCACAGGGCACAAUACUCACCUGAUCUUUAUGAUCUUGAAAAAAUGACCAUUACAAAACAACCAAGAGGCUAUUUUUUGCCCCAGGGACCUCAUUUAGAUGGGACCAGAGAGACCGCAGGAUCCCAGCAUCGAAGGAAAGACCUACAUAGACUGUGCAGUGGAGAACUGCAGAUCGUCCAAGCAAUUCACGCAAAAGAACUGAAGCUGCAGGAGAAGCUGUGCAGGGUUGAGGACAAAAUAAGACAAAAGAUCAGGAGGGAUACUGUUGAGGCUGCUGCAGGUAAUGAUGAGAUGAAGAGGGAGGAGAGGGGAGGCAGGGGACAACCAGAGAGGGGAGAAGCUAGGACUAAACCUGGGCCGUCUGAGCUGCACAGGAGAGAAGCAGUGAGAAGCAGAGAACUGUUGAUUCAAGAAAUAAGGCAAGAGGAUGUCAAACAACUUGGGAAGAGGCUAAAUCAGUGGGAUGAGGACAGAAUGAGGGAUACGCAUGAAGAAGACGAGGCCAGGUGGAAUAGAAGUGAGAGAGAAUAUGCAGGGCUUCCCCAGUCCAAAGGAAAUUUGAUUAAAGGAACUCAUAAAAUCACUGUCGGCAAGCAAAGAGUGAGUGGAGAGCUGAACACGUCAAGAUGGGAGAACGUCAAAGAGCAUGCCAGACGAAAAGGGUAUGAAAGGGAUCAUCGCGUUUGGGGAGAAGCAGCUUUGAGGCCACAGGAUGGAAUAGAGAAAGGAAAAGAAAGAGAACAAUAUAAGACAUCAAUAGACGUGACAAAAGAAAAGAAACAUAUGGAAAGAACAUGCAAGGACAUGUACGAUGCACAAGACAUCCCACAAAUAAGUCAACACAAAACUACUGACAGACUUGCAACAGAAAACCACGGAGGUGCGGAACGUAAAACACAGAGGGAAUCGUCUCUCCCACCAAUUUCUAGUCCUUCUCACUCCGGCGGAGUCCAGAAGGAGCAGCUGGGGCUCGAGGACAUCGCAGACGCCAGCCUCCAGCUCCUCCCGUGCAGAAUCUGCAACAGGAGAUUUGCAAGUGAAAGGCUGGAGAAGCACAUGCAAGUCUGUCAAAAACUUGAGCAAAAACAGCGUCAAGUCUUCAACUCUUAUGCAAAUAGGACCAAAGGAUCUGCCAUGGAGGAGUUCCUGAAAACCCACAGCAGGAGCAAGACUCCAGAGGUUUUCCAGAAAAAGAAACAAAGGCAAACCGACGAGGCAAAAACAAAGCGCGUGCAGCAGAGUCGACCCCCAGCUGGAACCUCGCUGCCGAAAUGGUCCAAGGGAUCGGCCUACAUCGAUAAAAGAAAUUGAACAGGCAGGCGCACAAAUGAGAAGUGGUAAGGAUCCAGGGCCUGGUGGCUUUCCCAUCAAAGUUUAUAAACUUUGUUAGUUAUAAUCCCAGUUCUUCAUUAAAACGGCAAAGCUUCUCUCAGGUGCAAAGCAUAUCGACCUGUGAGCCUGCUCUCCAGUGAUUAUAAGAUUCUUGCAGAUAGGCUUGAUAAGGUCAUUAAUUAAUACACCCUGAUCAGACGGCAUUCAUCUCAUGGCGAUAACUUUUUAGUAAUUUAUGCAAAUUUUUUGAUAUUAUAUAUAUAUAUAUAAAUCUGUGAAUAGGAAUUAGUGUGUCCUGUCAUUGUGGUGUUGAUUGAUGUGAUAGUUGUUGUGACGAGUAGAUGCAUGUCAGGAAAAUUAAAUAAAAGGAUUUCAAAAUAAACAAAAUGGUCGA